GAAAUUUACUUGACUCCCAUACGUGCCCAUUAAAAGCGUUGCAAAUUGCGGGAGUAAGGUCGUGAAAUAUACAUGUCUUGCGGCCCACGACUCUUGUUAAUGGCGUGUAACAGAAAACCGCCGGGUAUUCGAGCGACUAAUUUCGUAGGCUCCGAGCUUUGUGCUGGCCCGGACAUCCCUGCUGUGUUGUCAAACGUUCAAGUUUUAUUAGUCGGUACUUUAUUGUGUACUUGUCGUAGCUAUAUGAUUUUACGCUCCAGUACCCGUAGUUAUAGUGAGAUGUACCAUGGAAAACGGAGUCGAAAUUGAAGGCUGCUGUUACCUGACGACCAAUUGCGCUAAAUAACAGCGAUCGUCGGCAAGACAUGUACGAGCUUGACACGCCACAUAUCAAGCAAAUGCACGAACCGUGCCAACCAGGGCAACACCCGAAGUCCAGGGUCGCCUCAGGUCGCUUCGUUGACUGGGGGACCAAACUUUAUCAGCUGCAACUUGAGUUAUCGUACAAAAACAAUGAAAUUUCGAUCUUGAAGAAGAAGUUAAGAGACAGAACCAACGAGCUGUUCCCUGGAGGAAAUACUAAUAAAAAAUCCGUAGUCACCACACUGAGAACAAAAUGCGAUACUUUGGAACGAAAACUUCAAAUGAAAAACCAAGAGUUAAAAUUUGAACAAAACAGAUCAGUCAGCGUGUCUCGAGAACUAGCAAAAGUGAAAAAGGAGUACAACGAGCUCCGUCGGGAGAAACGAAGCAAUAACAAAGCAGUGCAGACAUUGUCGACCACCAGCAAAUCUGUCCAAGCAAAACAUAGCGCACCGGUCGCCAAGACGCGCAACAUUAUGACGCAAUGUUCUUACGUUUCCGUGAAGCCAAUGACGUCAUCAAAGGCGAGCGUGUCGGUCGCACAAACUAACAAAACCAAUGGUUCUCUGCAGUUACAGAUGACGUGCGAUGCGAAUGGGGAGCAGCAAGGCGCUAUACAACGAACUCAAGUUACAGUCGCCCAACAAGCAAUAAAGCAAGCAGACCAACUUCGAUCCGGAUCAUCGGAUUCGCCGCAAAUGCGUCACCGGCAACAGCACGUAGUUCCAAUGUCACCCGAAUUCGCACCAGCUGUGGUUUUGUCAUCUACUCCAUCACGUGACAACUCACCCCAAUACGUCACAGAAGUCAACAUAAACGAAGAACCAAAGUCAAGAGACGGAGAACCUUUGCAAAUGUCGUUUUCACAGGAAUUUAGCGACGGUGGUGUGAAAACUUAUGUUCAUUCGAACAAGAACUUCGCCAUCACAGAAAGUCCUUACGCAACGAGAACACAAUCUGCAGCACCUGUGAUGGAAAAGCUUUCAGCGUCUGACAGUGGGGUGUUCACAGAUGGAUAUUCACCCGACCACAUGCGUAGAACAACACCAUACCCACCUGCAACGGCACCUCCAACAUAUUCCCCGCUAUUGAGAGGUUACAACCAGCCACAACUGCGUACGGAAAGAACAUUCGAACGAUCUGUGCCGUACUACAUGAACAACGAUCUUCACAAAUCUGACCUCGGGUCCCCUUCGUCCUCCCGCACCCUUUCCAAACCAAGGAAUCCAUCUGCCCAGUCUUUCCACGACAGUUUUAUCGCUUCUUCUCCGCGGAAUGUCUUUUAUCCCGGCACCUGCUACGAGGAUCCAACGCACGGGGGAAAGAUACCUUAUUAUUUGUUCCGAAGAGAGGCGGGAAGUGACGGGAUGAAAAGAGGAGACAAACCGAUAUACGUUCACACAUCUGAGAUUAGUUUAUGUAGAUAAAUUUAAAAAGUAUAGAGUGUUGAUACCAGAUAAAGAUUAUGAUUUAUUACACUAAAUGAAAGUAAAUCUAGCAGUGUUUCCCGAUAUUUUAGGCUUGUACUUCUAUAACCUCCGUUAACUGAAAUAUUCAUAUUCGAUGUAUUAUGUUUGGAAACACUACUAUAUUUGGUUACGUUGUUCCUAUUAAUUUUUCUCUAGCAUUGAUAAUAAGCAUUUUGCUAGAGUCUAAAUAGAGAUUAUAAAAGGUUACUUAAUUGCCUUUCUCAAAAAG